GAUAUGGCGCAUAUGGCGCGUUAGAAAUGAAUCCUGAAAAUAACUUUGUCUUACAUUUUACAAAUUAUGAAUGGUGCUUUAUUUUCCUAUAAAUUUUUAGUAGUCAUGAACUAAACAGCUAUGGAGGCAUUUACGGGAUGAUUCGAAUUGAAUGAAGAUCGAGAUGUAGCAAAGAUCGGCGUACAAGAGGAAUUAUUCAAUGAGGUCGGUGCUCAGUGACCUGUACCCGGAGCCGACGGCCGGCGGGUCGGCGCCGACCGAGGACAGGGUGCAGGCCACCGCCUCACUGCCCUCCACGUCCACUGGACGCCGGUCCUCCGCGCCGAGAGCGGUCGCCUCCACCUCCUCCGCUACUGGCACGCCGAGAGCAGCCGCCUCUACAUCGUCGGAGAAGCCGUCUCUGGGCUCCCGGAGUCUGUCGUUCAUUCGGUCCGGCGUCAGCGCCGUCUCGUCGCUGUUCGCUGGUCCCAAACGGUCCGGAGAUGUGAAGAGGACCAGGUCCGCGUCGACGCCCAAUAAAGGCAAACGGAAGGCGGCGCAGCCAGCGCGGCCGAGGACACAGUCGGGUACCGGAAUCAACUCACCACGACGGACAGCACGAACGGUCAGCGACGGCGACUCGCCGCGACAGCCGGCCAGCAGGGAGGCAAUCACCACCAGCGGGACGGGAUCAGCAGCCGGGGGAUCCGCGGAGCAGUCGGCAGAGAGGACCGGAGAACAGCAGACGGAGCAGGGCAGUCCGCCAGCCACACAGGAGAAUGACGCAUCUGACCGUACCCAGCUAGUCGCGAGACAAGAGCAAACGGAAGGCAGCGCAAAAGAACAGUUAACCGGUGAGACGUCGGCCCAAGCGUCCGAGCAGAGUUCAAGUCAGCAGUCAGAAGAGAUGUCGGACACCGCAGCAAAGAAGCUGCCUCGGGAUCGAGCGAGCACAGACGAAGAUCGGACAUCGGUCAACAGCGAGCCAUUCUCCUCGGGUCCUGACGAUGACGAGGAGGCCAUCAGGCAGCAGCCCACUUCGACGGUGGCGACGACUGACGGAGAAGAUGAUAGCGUGUCAAUGGCAAGUCCAAGAAGCAGCCGACGGGUGACGUUCGAUGAGAACGCCCCCGAUACUCUGUUAUUCACUCCGGAGCCGGGCGGCGGUGGUCGUGGUAGUGAUGAUGAAGGCAGCGUGGCGACGGCCAGCACUGACAGCGACAGCGAGGAGACGCCGGGCGACAGCUUCCAGCGUCUUCUGGAGAUGCUGCGGGAGCGCAGCCUUCAACCGGUCGGCAGCUACAGUGACGAAGAGGGCGAGUCCAGCGGACAUUCGGCCAUCGAUCCGAGCGGUCACGUCGCUCGGUACCUUCGCGAGCAACAAGGCAGGCAGACGGUGGACGACGACGAAUCUGACAUCCAGGAGGGCGAGGUUUAUCCGUUCCGCGAGGAGCGUCGCCACGCGUUUCCCAGUGAGCCUACACCCGGACAGCGGCGCACCAGUUUCGCUGACACCAUCGACGAGUUCCUGCAGUACCUACAGGUGAUCACCGAGGACCACAAGGCGCACCAGGAGGCGCUGAUGCUGCUGGACGAGGAGCCGCUGCCGGCGGACGGGUCGGAUGCGACCAGUGAGGCCGGAGACAGCGCCUGGUCGGAGACCAACUCAGAGAUCGCCGACUCCGUCAGCGAGGCAGGGAGCGUGCCCACUGAGGUGGACUCGGGACUGGCGACCAGUCCGCCGACCAGUCCGCCACCACUCACCGACGGCGAGGAGGAUGGUUCGGGACGGGACGAGGACAAGGUGGCGACAAACGAGCCUGGUGGCAGUGAAGUGGAACCUGCACCAGAGGAACAGGAUAUUGAAGCUCAAGACGAAACAUAUCACACAAAUGAUACAGGACAAACAGAAAAUCAGCAACAACAUUCUAGGGAAGAAGACAGUAUUGAGACCAAUGCCGGGAGUCGUAAUUUCCAAAGUGAGAACAAAAAUAUUGAGCCAAACGCAAUGUCAAACAACCAUCCAAGUUCAGAAGCGACCACUCCGUCUCCUUCUUCAGCCAACAAUUCAUCAGACACCAGCAACAGCCAACAAGCAGCCGAUGGUGCUGACAAAGAAGUACACGAUAAAGAAAAGUCAUCCAAUCCAGACGAGACAAUACAUCAGACCGCUUCGUCCGAGACCAUCCAAGCCAGCAGUGAGGGCGAGCGAGACUCCAGUCCAGCGCCCAUUCGCCCGCCUCCCCCGGCUGACGAUAACGUUCCCGGCGCUCCAGACCAAAAGCCUCCUUCAGCUGACCCUUCUCCAGGAGGAUCAGAACAAUCCAGUCGCGUGUCGAGCGCAGAGGGAGGCCGGCGCGACUCGGCCGCCCUGCGCAGCAUGUUGCGCGCCUCGCUGCCCGCCGUCGAGGUGCUCGGCUCCCACUCGGACACGGACACACUGAGGGAGCGACGCACCUCCCUGGUUACCGGUACCGCUGGCGAGCUGCUGCCGCCCGCUGCCGACAUGCAGGCGCGAUCGCCCGGCCAGACCGGCAGCAUGGAGAUGAUGGCCAAGUCGCCGGGCGAGGUGUCGCAAGUGCCCACGCCGGUUGACUCCGGCGGAGCCUCCGGGGCAAUCUCCGAGAGCGAGAUGUCGCACCACGAGCCGGUGCGCUCGUUCGCGUCCAUUGCCGAUCGCCUGCUGCGGGACGGCUCUGAAGAGGAUGCGCCCCGCGCGGUACCCUCCGGCGUCGGACCGGCUAACUCGAUGGCGGCCAUUUCUGGGCAACUGCUGACCGACCACAAUCCGGCAGAGCCUGCCGAUGCGGCUGGACCGGCAGACGAGGCUGACGAAGAAACAGAGUUGCACAGCAUCAUCAUGCACGGAGACCUGGAGCAGCACACGACAGAGACAGGGCAUGCGGAAAGGGAGGAGAAGGGAGAGGCGCAGGAGGACACUGAGGUUCACGGGGCUGGAAAAGCUGAAGUUGGACGCCAGGAAAAUAUCAUUGAAGCUGGGACGACGCAAAUCGAAAACGGUGCAGAAAACAUUGAUGACAAUGCCACUGGAUCCGAAGAAGAGAGCACAGCGCUUACAACUGAGGCCAAAGAAGUGAUCAGAAAGGUAGAGACUGAAGCAGUGGAAAAGCUGGAGGAGGCGUCAUUGGAGACAAGUGAUGAAGAAAAUAUGCAUGAAAAGGACGAAGCAGACGGCACUAAUAAAAUUGAUGUUGAUGAAGAAACUUCAGUGAACGAAAAUGAUGGGCAAAUAAAUACAGAAAAUGUAUCUGAGCGAAAGGAAGGCGGCGCACCUGAUGAAGAGUCCUCCGCUCCAGUCACUCAGGUCAUGGUUGAGAGCGAUGGCACGCGGCAAUACGUGGAACCACGAAUUACAGCUGACAGUACAAGUGAAAUCAGUCCCACAUCGGAUAUUACCGACGCUGAACCAGAUGCCAUAGAUCAUUCGGCACCAAAGGCACCUGAAGGAAGCACCAGUAUGACAGAAGGAGCACCGAAUAUUGCAACACAGACCUCCACCAGACUGACGCUAGACAUUGAUGGUUUGGGCGCCGUUACAUCGGACAUUUCCAGACAAGAGUCAUUUGAUUCGGAUACUGACGAUGACGAACAAAAAUCGGAAGAUGAUUCAGAACAUGCAAGUGUCAAAGAAGUUCCAAACGAAGCAACAACAGACGUUAAGUCUCAAGAUGACGAUGAAAAGGCUCGUCUGGAAGCGUUAGCCCUUCUUGACAGUGAAAGAACAAAUGCGUCCAGCGCUGAAGGUACUGCAAGGACGCACACUCAGGAGGAGGACGCCAUGUCCAGGACAGGGAAGUGGGAUGUGGUAUCUGAUGAAGGUGAAUCCUAUAUGUCCACUGGCAGCACAGACGUACUAAAAGAGUCGGAUAGCCGUUCAUCGAUGUUUUCCGACCUGCGCUCCGAGGUCUCUGAAUACACAACGGGAAGUGAGAUGGAUGAAGACGAAUAUCGCAGGUACAGACUUCGGCUCGCGAGUGACGGAGAGAGCACGGCUACGCUUGAUGAUGAUGAAAUUUUCGGAACGGAAACUACCACCAAGUUAGGCAUUGAAUCAAGUACUACUGGCGCCAGAAAGUUAGUAUGGAGCUUGAUAGCAAUGGCUAGCGGCAUUGUUGACCAGGUGCAAGGUUCCGAGCUGCGGCUUAACACAAAUUCUAGGCAAAUUGUUCAGCAAAAACAGAAGGAAAAUGAGCGUGAAGAAAAAAUAAAACAUGACACCAGCAUUGAUGAAUUUAACCAACAAAACAAAGAGGAAAUUGAACAACCGACUCAAAUCUCACCCGACGACGAAAGUAGGGCUCAGUUAAUCGAAAAACUUAAAGAACUUCAUCGCUACAAAGUGAAAGAAAUCUUAGCCUCAGCGGAGACCAAAUAUACAGAUACAAUCAGUCAAAAUGAACAAUCUGAAGAAUGUUAUGCCAAUAUUGAAGACGGGGCUUCAGAUAAAACAAUAUCGGAUAUAAUAUACGAACAAAUUAAAGAACAAGCAGAAAUGCACGAUACUUCAAUAGCAGAACUAAAAGCAAUCCACGGAGCUAGAGUGAAAGGGGUGAUUGAAGCAGCUGAAGAUCAAAUCUUUUUUGCAGCGAAUAAGGUUAUAAGCUUCAUAAAGCAAACACUACAUGGAGGAGUCUCUUAUUCAUCAGGGCACGAGGCUGAUCGUAGUGAGGAAAGUAAUUACGGAGCAAUUAAUCCUGGAAAUGAGUCAGGUUCAGAACAAAUUACUUUGGCAGUAAACGACAAAAUAUUAGACGUGUACACAAAUUUGCCUGUUAAUUCAAACAAUAAUAUUCAAGUAUAUCCAGCACACGAGGAUAUUCACGAAUCAAAUAGCACAAUCAACGAAAAUGUAAGCGAGGAAUCACAUGGCAUACAGCCGGAAGAGAAGCCAUUCUUACAUGAAAAUGAAACGUAUGAACUGAUUACAAAAGCAAGUUACGAAACCGCUACUCUGGACGAAACAAGCAUUGAGCAGUCUGCAGAUAAUGAAGUAAAGAUAGGACCGUCAUCACAGGAUAUCGCUGCCAUCGCAGUCGCAAUCACCCAAUCGGUUUUGGGAGAAGCGUCUAACAUAGUUGAGGAUGAAGAGACGGCUGCUCGAAGACUUCGCAUAAGACAGUCGAUCAGCCACUCUCCACAGGGUUCACGAGACGGAAAGGAUCAUAAAUCUAGCAUGGAUGAAGAAUCUGAGGUGACGUCAGAGACGAAUCAGGAUGACGACAACUUUGAAGAGGCCUCUCCUGAUGACAGUCAGGACACCGAAGCCAUUCCACUGGACGCCGCCGCAGCCGAAGCUGCCGAAGAUGCUGACGCGUCCCUCGAGGAGUCGCCAGUGGACGAGCCCGCGGCUGAUGGUGACACAGAGGUCGUCGACGCAGCCCAGCAGGAGGCCGCCGAGCUAACAAUCGACGACGGACCCAGUCCGGACGAGGCGCCGGCCGAAUCGUCUGAUGAGGCGGCCGGCGUCGAGCAGCCCCUCGCCGAGCCCGAACCGCAGCCGGAGCCAGCCGAACCGGAGUCGGAGCCGGCCGAGCUGGAACCGGAGCCGGAGCCAGCCGAGCCGGAGCCGGAGCCUGAACCAGUGGAGCCGGAGCCUCCCGCCGAGCCCGAGCCGCCGGUCGAGCCCGACUCGGCAGAAGAGGAUGAGGACGAAGGGCCGGUGCUGGGCUCGCUAUCAUCCUCCGAAGAGUCUGAUGAGAUGAUGGAUGAGGGUCAAGACACGAUGGAUUCGAAUCGCAUCCGCUACCAGACGGGCGAGAUUCGUGACCAAACACAGAAUGUCACAUCAACCGACGGCAUCACGGAAGAUAUGCUGGCUGGCGAGCCCGAGGACGGUGCCGUCAUGGUCGGAACAGAAGUGGCCGGGGAAGGUGCGGAUGAAAUGCUGGAGGACACCGAGAUGGCGGCAGCGGAAGACCAGGACGAUUCUGAAAAUGUGGAUAAAGAUCUGUUAGCCGACGAUGCACAGAUUGGCAGCGAUGAGCAAGAUGCCGCGGACCAGAUGCAAGACAUGCAGGGAGAAUACGGGCGCGGAAUCGAAGAUGACGGCGUGAAGGUAUCCGUUAUGCAUGCCGAUGAGCCUCACGACCCGGUAGAUCCUGAUCUGAUUAAUUUACCAGCAUACGAAAGUGAUGCACUUGUGCCUAAAAUGUCACUACGAACAAAGUCUUCAUUCCUGGCCAAGGAUAUUGUUGCACCUCACUUGCUCUCAAUGACUAAGUCUGGGAGCACCGUAGAGGAAAGAGAGGCUUUCGCUGAGCGAAUAGCUACGGACACAGAAUUAGACCUCGGCCCCUCAGACGGAGCGCGAGCAAAGGAUGACGAAGACGCUGACGACAUUUUGGCACAGUACGCAAACGACAUGGAUCUGGAGAGCAGCGGUGAGACGGAAGAGGAGACGACUGCAACGGAGUCCAGCAGCGGCUCUCAGGAGACCAUCAAGGAUGAUGAAGGUGCGACCAGCAAGGACAAUGUGUUCGACUGGCUGAGGCGUGUCUCCACACAGAUGGACGAAAUGGGUAUCACUGACAAGCUCAAGGAGAUGUACGGCGAAGACACCAAGAAACCGAUAGUAAUGGCUCCAUCCAACGCCGAAAUGAAAGAAGGGGACACGGACGACGAGGUUCCCGAAGAGCUGCCCGACCUGGUAAGCCCGAAAGUUGCCUACUCCGACACCGGUAUGUAUCACGAGUCGUCCUUGUCUCUGGACACGAGUUACCGCAUUCGACAGUCGUCCACACAGACAGACGUCAAGCAGGAUGACGAAGGGGACGGAGCGCGCGGCGGAGCGAGGAAGCGACCGGGAGCUGCCCGCUCCAAGCCAUGCGGCUCGUGUCCCUGCUGCAUGGCCAUGAAGAGAGUGGUUUCGGGCAGCGAAGAUUUGACGGGAACUGGCGCUGUGCGUCGGCGAUCGACGCAGUCAAAGGAGCAGCCGCGGAGAGCGCGGCAGCGACCGUGGACGAGCCCGACACGCUCUGUCGGAGACCUGCUCGACGACACUUCGUCAACGGCAGUCAGCAGCACCUGCACAGCAUCCAGCGUCGACGGAGGCGACUCGUACGCGCGACGAAUGAGGCAUCCCAAACGGUGGCUGAAACAGGCCACCGACGAGUUCAUGCGUCGCGAAUGCAUCCGUCAAGUAGUGCUCAAGAACGACCUGGUGUCCGACGGCCGCAUCCAGACCAAGGUGACGCGCAUCUCGCGACACCCCAGCUCGAUGACCGACUGCCUGGCGGCGACCAAAUCGCGCGUAUCUGCCGGCAGCACGCUGCAGAUGGAGAUAUCCAAGGGUGAAACGAUGGUCGGCGGACGCACCGUUAACUAUCAGGACGUCAAAAUCCGCACGCCCAAGUCGUGCAGCGGACUGUCUGUGAGGUCUGCGCCGCGGGUCCGCCCCAGCCGCUCGACACCACAGGACGACGACAUUAGUAAGCGGUUCAUCGACACUUACCUGUCCCAGUCUCCGAAAGACUCGCCAUCCGGUCGGCCCGGCAAGAUGGGCAGGGAGUCGAAGACACGGAAGAAAAUAACAAUCAAGACCGACUGCAGAAAAUAGCAAGAGUUGUCCUGUUUAUAUUCACUUUCGAUAUUCAAAAUCGUCAAGAAGAGUUUGGUUGAUUAUUAUUUUCUUUGAGCCGUGACGUUUUGUUCGAGCUUCAUUUCCCUGACACCUUUUAAGUUCGUUUGCAAUUUCUUUUAUCUAUUUGUUAGUACAAAGAAGUCUUAACGUUGGAAGGAGUGACCAAAUAAAAUGUCCUUUUGUA